AGAACAAAUCAAAAUGCAAUUAACUCAAGCUUUGCAGAUUAAAGAAGAUAAAGUGAAUGAAUUAGAAAAGAAUCUUGUUACUCUUGAUCAAGAGCGUAUUAAACAACUAAAAGUCAAAGAAAAAGAAUUGAGUAAAGUCAAAGGGGAAUUAAUAGAUAAAUUAACCAGUGGAGAAAAUACUAAGGAAGUUCAUAAAGAAAAAGAAGCUAAACAAAGAGAGAUAAAUGAACUCCAACAAGAAUUAUCAAGAACUUCAGUUUCUUAUAAUGCCAAUAGAAAAAAACAAGUUCUUAAACAAGUUAAUAAUUUUUUGAAAACCAAGGAAGCUUUUCUAACUUUACGAGAAGAAGCUAUUAAAAAACUGCAAAAUUGUUAUAAUCGCUUAGUAAACUCUAUUGAUAUUACUAGAAGUAUGAAAACCACUGAAUUAACUGACAAGUAUACUAAAGAAUUUCAAAAUACUCUUGUAAAAUAUAAUGAUGGAUUAUUAGAGCUGAACAAAAAUCAUUAUUCCUUAAAAAAUGUUGUUCAGGAAAAUAAAGAGUUGGAAGUUAGCCUUAAGAUUGAAAAUAUUCUUAGGUUGAAUUCUUUUAAUCUUGAUAAAUACAAAAUUUUUAAAUUUGCUACUAAUUCUCAAGAAGGAACCAGAAUUCAAUUAAAUUCUAAUAUGAUGGAAGAAGAUAUAAAUUCAUUAAGAAAGAAUUUGAAUGAAUUGAAAUUAGAAUUAAACCAAGAAAAAAGUGAAUUAAAAAAUUUAGCAGCAGUUUAGAAUUAACCAUAUUGAUGGAUUAUAGUACAGUUUAUAAAUAGCUAUUUAUUCAUUGAAAUGAAAAUCUUUAGUAUUUAUCAAAAUAUAUGAAUAUAUAUUCUAGUAUUUAUUGAACAUUAUAAUACUCGUAUUUUU